AUGAGGAAACAGGCCGCCGCCUCAACCCAUGAAUCGCUCCCCGUCCUGAGAUCUGUUUCCACUCUACUUAGUGGGUCACGCGAAAAUGCAGACUCGCUUCAGCCAUCCUCCACGAAAGGAGACGAAGGCAACCAAUAUUUGGGUCCACGAUCUCUCACAACUCUGGAUGGCUCCCUUCUGCUCGCCAUCCUACUCGUCACUCUCGAUGCCUCCAUUCUUGCAACUGCCAUCCCCCAAAUCACAAAUCACUUCCAUACCAUCGCGGGCACUGGCUGGUAUCCUGCGGCAUAG